AUGUCAGAAUUCUGUGCUAUGCAGGACCUUCCCCCAAAGCAUAACAUGCAGAGAGAUUUCAUUUUCAUCUUCAAUUGCAGAUUUCAAUCUAUAGGAAAGAUGUCUAAGCUUGUGAGAGAAGGGUACAAGAAGAUUUCAGCAAAUUUGAUAGGAAAGUUAAGUAAGGGCAGCAGAUCAUCUUCAUCGUCGUCAUCAUCAUCGGGGAGAUUUACAUCAAUAGAAGGCCAUCCAGCAGCAGAAGAAAGCACAAAAACAAUGAUCCAUCAGCACGAGACCAUAGAAAAAGGAACUGGCGCCGUCACGAAGGAAUUCAAAAUCUACCGGUGGAGCCCAGACUACCCCGCCAAGAAACCCUACCUUCAAUCCUUCAACGUAGACCUCUCCACCUGCGGUCCCAUGGUUCUAGACGUUCUCCAGAAGAUCAAAUCAACAGACGACUCAACUUUAACCUACCGAAGAUCUUGCAGGGAAGGGAUCUGCGGUUCAUGCUCGAUGAACAUCGACGGCACAAACACAGUCGCUUGCCUGAAACCAGUCAAUCCCGACACCUCAAAACCAACAAUAAUAACUCCUCUCCCACAUAUGUAUGUAAUAAAGGAUUUAGUUGUAGAUCUCACCUCGUUCUAUCAACAGUACAAGUUAAUCGAGCCAUGGCUGAAAACGAAGAAGAAACCACCUUCUUCAAAAGAGUAUAAACAAUCGCCGGAGCAAAGAAAGCGGUUGGAUGGACUUUACGAGUGUAUACUCUGCGCUUGUUGCAGCACUGCUUGUCCUUCUUAUUGGUGGAAUCCUGAAGAGUUCUUUGGUCCUUCAGCUCUAAUCCACGCCUAUCGUUGGAUUUCUGACAGCCGAGAUGAUUAUACAGAAGAGCGAUUACAAGCGCUUACGGAAGACGAGAAGAGAUUGUAUAGAUGCAGGACAAUCGAAAAUUGCACAAAAACAUGCCCUAAAAGCCUUGAUCCAGCUGCUGCUAUUCAUAAGAUGAAAUCAAUGCAUCUUCUUUCCAUCCCAUCUCAUAAGCUCAAUGAUCAAGAAGAUAACUAGAUUAUAUAU